GCCCUGGGGCUAUGGCCAUGGUGACCGGCGGCUGGGGCGGCCCCGGCGGCGGCGGCGGCGGCGGCGACACGAACGGUGUGGACAAGGCGGGCGGCUACCCGCGCGCGGCCGAGGAAGACUCGGCCUCACCCCCGGGCGCCGCCAGCGACGCUGAGCCCGGCGACGAAGAGCGGCCGGGGCUGCAGGUGGACUGCGUGGUGUGCGGGGACAAGUCGAGCGGCAAGCACUACGGCGUCUUCACCUGCGAGGGCUGCAAGAGCUUCUUCAAGCGGAGCAUCCGCCGCAACCUCAGCUACACCUGCCGGUCCAACCGUGACUGCCAGAUCGACCAGCAUCACCGGAACCAGUGCCAGUACUGCCGCCUGAAAAAGUGCUUCCGGGUGGGCAUGAGGAAGGAGGCGGUGCAGCGCGGCCGCAUCCCGCACUCGCUGCCCGGCGCCGUGGCCGCCUCCUCGGGCAGCCCCCCGGGCUCGGCGCUGGCGGCCGCGGGCGGAGACCUCUUCCCGGGGCAGCCGGUGUCGGAGCUGAUCGCGCAGCUGCUGCGCGCCGAGCCCUACCCCGCGGCGGCCGGGCGCUUCGGCGCGGGCGCGGCGGGCGCGUUCGGCGCGGGGGGCGGCGCGGCGGGCGCGGUGCUGGGCAUCGACAACGUGUGCGAGCUGGCGGCGCGGCUGCUCUUCAGCACCGUGGAGUGGGCGCGCCACGCGCCCUUCUUCCCCGAGCUGCCUGUGGCAGACCAGGUGGCGCUCCUGCGCCUCAGCUGGAGCGAGCUCUUCGUGCUGAACGCGGCGCAGGCGGCACUGCCCCUGCACACGGCGCCGCUCCUGGCCGCCGCCGGCCUGCACGCCGCGCCCAUGGCCGCAGAGCGCGCCGUGGCCUUCAUGGACCAGGUGCGCGCCUUCCAGGAGCAGGUGGACAAGCUGGGCCGCCUGCAGGUCGACUCGGCUGAGUACGGCUGCCUCAAGGCUAUCGCGCUCUUCACGCCUGACGCCUGUGGCCUCUCCGACCCAGCGCACGUGGAAAGCCUUCAAUUGGCCCUACGGCUCUGGCCAGUGACUUUGCCGGGCCAGCCAUGCCACGGCUGGGUCUGCACACCUCAAGGGACACGGAUGCUUUGGCCUCAUGCGGGGCCCCCAAGUGGAGGACCUUGGCUUCUCUCCUCAGACUCCUAUUUUUUAAAGACUGUGAAACGUUUGUCUCCUCUGUUUUUUAAAUGAUCACGAAACCAAAAAGAGAGUGCUUGUCCAGGCUCCAGCCUCGGCCUCCUCAGAACUCCUGGCCAGAAUAGAGGGCGAGGGACCGAGGGACCCAUUCCUGGGACAGCCUGGUGCUCAGCAUCCCAAGCAUGAACUUUUGGGGCCGGUGGGGUUGGGUUCCCUUGUGUGACGGCCUGGCAUCUGGACCAGAGGGGCCGGUAUAGUAACGCGCCAGGCAGAUUGUCUGGACACGUAAUCCACGUUGGACACUAUAUGAUGAAUGAAUCAAGGCCAAUAAUAAAGAUGUUUCCUACCUG